UGAAGCAAACAAAAAUGGCCAGUAAUCACAAGCCUUUGGUACCUCGCCCUGUUUCAAGGAGUGGAAUUGGAUUGACAGGAAGACCUCCUUCUGGAAUACGACCCCCAUCAGGAAAUAUUCGAGUGGCAACUGGAAUGCCUCCUGGAACAGCAAGACCAGGUUCUCGUGGCGGGCCUGUAGGAACUGGAGGAGUUCUGUCUUCUCAGAUCAAAGUUGCAGACCGUCCCGUAACACAACAAGGUUUGAGUGGAAUGAAAACUGGAAUGAAAGGUCCCCAGAGGCAAAUUUUAGACAAAUCUUAUUAUCUUGGACUUCUUAGAAGCAAAAUAAGUGAACUGACAACUGAAAUUAAUAAACUUCAGAAAGAAAUAGAAAUGUACAAUCAAGAGAAUUCAGUAUAUUUAUCAUAUGAAAAGAGGGCGGAAACAUUAGCUGUUGAAAUCAAAGAGUUUCAAGGAGAACUAGCAGACUACAACAUGUUGGUAGACAAACUUAAUACCAAUACUGAGAUGGAAGAAGUAAUGAAUGACUACAACAUGCUUAAAGCUCAAAAUGAUCGUGAGACACAAAGUAUGGAUAUAAUUUUUACUGAACGACAAGCGAAAGAAAAACAAAUCAGAAAUGUAGAAGAAGAAAUUGAACAGGAAAAACAAGCAGCAGAUGGCAUCAUAAAAAACAUGUCCCCAGAAAAACAGGUGAAGUACACAGAGAUGAAGACAGCAAAUGAGAAAUUGUUGCAGGAGUUAGAUACACUUCAACAACAGCUAGACUCACUGAACAUGAAAAAAGAGAGCCUGGAAGCUGAAAUAGCACACUCCCAGGUAAAACAGGAGGCUGUACUACUGCAUGAAAAACUUUAUGAGUUAGAAUCCCACCGAGAACAAAUGAUUGCAGAAGACAAGAGCAUGGGAUCGCCCAUGGAAGAGAGAGAAAGAUUACUUAAACAGGUUAAAGAAGAUAAUCAGGAAAUAGCCAGCAUGGAGAGACAGUUAACUGAUAUUAAAGAAAAAAUAAAUCAGUUUAAUGAAGAAAUAAGACAACUUGACAUGGAUUUAGAGGAACAUCAAGGUGAAAUGAACCAGAAGUACAGGGAGCUAAGAAAAAGAGAGGAAACUGUGGACGGUUUUAUUGAGAUGUUUGAGGAGACUAAGAACCAGGAGCUGGAACGGAAGGCGCAGGUGGAAGCCAGCAUUGUUGCCCUUCUGGAGCACUGCAGCCGGAAUAUAAAUCGUAUGAAGCAGAUCUCCUCUGUCACCAACCAAGAGCUGAAGCUGAUGCAGGAUGACCUCAGUUUUAAAUCGACUGAGAUGCAGAAAUCUCAGAGUACAGCUCAGAAUCUGACUUCAGAUAGUCAGCGCCUCCAGUUAGAUCUACAGAAAAUGGAACUUCUGGAAAGUAAGAUGAUUGAGGAACAACAGUCUCUAAAAAGCAAAAUUAAACAAAUGACCACCGAUCUGGAGACAUACAAUGAUUUGGCAGCUUUGAAGUCAUCAGGGGAAGAAAAGAAAAAGAAACUACAUCAGGAGAGAACAGUACUAUCAACUCGUCAAAAUGCCUUUAAGAAAAUAAUGGAGAAGUUAAACAUAGACUAUGAGACAUUAAAAACACAACUACAAGAGAAUGAGACACAUUCUCAGCUUACAAAUUUGGAGAGGAAGUGGCAACACCAUGAGCAAAAUAACUUUGUGAUGAAAGAAUUCAUAGCGACCAAGAGUCAAGAGAGUGAUUACCAGCCAGUUAUGAAGAAUGUGAACAAACAGAUUGCUGAAUACAAUAAAACUAUCGUGGAUGCUCUCCACAGCACCAGUCGGAACUGA